CCAUCCAAGAGGGAUGUUGUGUAGUAAGUAAAGGGGGCGGAGGAGGAGGGAGGAGGGCGCAGCUCUGUGCUACUACGUCAGUGUACAUCAUAGGGACACGCAGGACCUCUUUCGCUUCAGGUACUCGGGGUGACUCCCUGCACAGAAAAAAAGCGAAUCCCGGUCACCCUAAAAAACGCGCUGACCUUCCCAGAGAGGAUUUGGUAUCCGAGCGCACGCUGGCCAAAGUCCAACAGCAGUGCAGUGGAGCAGGGAGCUGUCCGCGGUGCUGAAUUCAUCCACUAACACAAAUCCCCACUGCACACUCAUGUGCUUGGGCCGCUCCUGAUACCUCCUACCCAUUCCUAGAAGCAACUGACCACCACCUCCACAUUCCGACAUGGACGACGACGGGCGUUACAGAGACGGCCGCUCAGAUUUCAUCCGCGGCGCCAAGGACAUCGCCAAAGUGGCCAAGAAGCAGGUCGGCAAGAAGGUAGGACGCGGCAUGGACAAAAUGACCGACGAGUACACCAAGCGCUCCUAUAAACGCUUCGAGGAGGAAGAUGAUGAUGAAGACUACGGCGGCGUGCCGAGCAAUGACGCCGGAUAUUACCGCAAUGACAGCCGGGCCAAUGACGACGAAGGUCACAGCGACUCGACCGAAGGACACGACGAGGAUGACGAGAUCUAUGAAGGGGAGUACCAGGGCAUCCCGAGGGCUGAUUCGGGCAAGGCCGGCAGCAUGGACGGGGUGACGGCCGCCCAGGCGCAGCAGUUCAGGGACCUGUCAGCCUACGAGGGCGAGAGGAGGAAAGACCAGGAGGAGUUGGCCCAGCAGUAUGAGACCAUCCUGCAGGAGUGCGGCCACGGGAAGUUCCAGUGGACGCUCUACUUUGUCCUGGGGCUGGCGUUGAUGGCAGAUGGCGUGGAGAUCUUUGUGGUCGGCUUCGUGCUGCCCAGUGCAGAGAAGGACAUGUGUCUAUCGGAGCCAAACAAGGGCAUGCUGGGUUUGAUCGUGUACCUCGGGAUGAUGGUCGGGGCCUUCGUGUGGGGCGGGCUGGCUGAUCGGAUCGGACGACGGCAGACCCUCCUCAUCUCCCUCUCCAUCAACAGCGUGUUUGCCUUUUUCUCGUCCUUCGUCCAGGGCUACGUCUCCUUCCUCUUCUGCCGCUUGGCCUCCGGUGUGGGCAUCGGCGGCUCCAUCCCCAUCGUGUUUUCCUAUUACUCUGAGUUCCUGGCUCAGGAGAAGCGAGGUGAGCACCUGAGCUGGCUCUGCAUGUUCUGGAUGAUCGGUGGUAUCUACGCCUCUGCCAUGGCCUGGGCCAUCAUCCCACACUAUGGCUGGAGUUUCCAGAUGGGCUCGGCCUAUCAGUUCCACAGCUGGCGUGUCUUUGUGUUGGUGUGUGCCUUCCCCUCUGUGGCGGCCAUAUGUGCCCUCACCACCAUGCCUGAGAGCCCACGCUUCUACCUGGAGAAUGGGAAACACGACGAGGCAUGGAUGAUCCUAAAGCAGGUUCACGACACCAACAUGAGGGCCAAGGGCUACCCAGAGAGGGUCUUCUCUGUGACCACCAUCAAAACCGUGAAGCAGAUGGAUGAACUGGUGGACCUGGGCGACGGUGCCGCCUGGCAUGAGAAAUGGAGGAUAAAGCUCACUACACUUUUCCAUCAGGUGUGGAGUAAUUUUCUGACUGUUUUCUCCCCUGAAUACCGUCGCACCACGUACAUGAUGAUGGCUGUGUGGUUCUCUAUGUCCUUCAGCUACUACGGUCUGACAGUGUGGUUCCCCGACAUGAUCAAGUACCUGCAGAAGCAGGAGUACUCCUCGCGCACCAAGGUGUUCGUCAAGGAGAAAGUAGAACAUGUCACCUUUAACUUUACCCUGGAAAACCAGGUCCACCGCCAAGGAGAGUACUUCAACGACAAGUUUAUGAACCUGAGAAUGAGGUCUAUGGUGUUUGAGGAUUCGCUCUUUGAGGAGUGUUACUUCGAGGACAUCACCUCCAGCAACACCUUCUUCAAGAACUGCACCUUUAUCGCCACCCUCUUCUACAAUACAGAUCUCUUCAAGUAUCGGCUGGUCAACUGCAAGCUCAUCAACAGCACCUUCCUGCACAACAAAGAGGGUUGCCUGCUCAGUGACGUCAGUGAUGAGAAUAAUGCCUACAUGGUCUACUUUGUCAGUUUCCUGGGCACCUUGGCUGUGUUGCCAGGCAACAUCGUGUCCGCGCUGCUCAUGGACAAGAUCGGACGGCUGAGGAUGCUAGCGGGCUCCAGCGUGAUCUCUUGCAUCAGCUGUUUCUUCCUGUCCUUUGGCAACAGCGAGUCAGCCAUGAUCGCUCUGCUCUGCCUGUUCGGAGGUAUCAGCAUCGCUUCCUGGAAUGCCCUGGACGUGCUGACGGUCGAGCUCUACCCCUCUGACAAGAGAACCACGGCAUUUGGCUUCCUCAACGCCCUCUGUAAGUUAGCGGCUGUUUUAGGAAUAAGCAUCUUUACCUCGUUCGUUGGUAUCACCAAGGCCGUGCCCAUCCUCUUUGCCUCGGGGGCGCUGGCGGCGGGCAGUUUCCUGGCCCUCAAACUUCCAGAGACGCGAGGUCAGGUGCUGCAAUAGUGUGGCGCCAACAACUUUCCGGGAGGGGGGGAGGGGGGCAGAAGAGUUUUUCGCCACACUGUGAAUGAACAGCUCAAGAGCCCUCUACAUCCUACCCUCUAACCCCUCCCUUGUAAUGAUAUAGUAAAGUUUGUGCACAUACUGACAGGAGACAACACAGAAGAGAGACACAAAUUUGCUGUAAAUAUUUGGGUUUGGUGAUUAUUUGAUAGGUUCCCCUUCAUGCUAUCACGAAUAGUGAAGCUGUGACAAAUCAUUAGUAUGCCUGUAUAAGCCUUGAGCUGAGAAUUGGUGAUGCAAACGUUAUAUUUAAAUGCUCAGUGGGAGCGUGACACUUUAUUCCCUUAUAUAGUGAAUUGACAUUCUGUCCCUCCAGUAUAAGAGCAUACACCCGGGGUUGGAGGUCAGGGGAUGGGGGCUCUUGAUAACGAGCCAUGCAAAUAGACUCAUAGAAAUGACCACUAGCCAUUGUUGCAGAGUUCUCUGUAGUCACCUCCAUUCUUCUGAGCAAAUUCAACUCACCUGUCGAGUCUUGAGUACUUUGCCAUUUGUUGGACAUAGAAUCAAAAAUGCGACAUUUUAUGCCUUGAUCUGAAGCAUUUUUGACUUUUGCCGGGGUAAAACCAAGACACAACUCUCUUGGCUUUCUCUAAAAAAAACAAAAAAAACAAAACAAAGACCUGUCCUCAUUCUUUAUCUCCUGAGGUCUUGUGUUGGUGUACAGACUAACUGCCAUUUUAUAGAUUAUAGAACAUUCCAGGUUUGCUUUUGUUGUUUGUUAGGAUGUGAUAAGGAGAUCAAUCAAGCCCCUCCUCCCUUUAAAACAUUGUUUCUGAUCACCUCUGAGCAGUCACGAGAUCAUCAAAUAAUGGAUACGUGUCUCCCAUCUUCAUUUUUCAUCACAAAGAUGAAGCUGUUUGUUAAAAAUGUACAUUUUAAGCACAACCAUUUGCCAGUGUGAACGUCCCUGACAUUUUCUUGACUUGAUGAAAAUGUUUAGAUUCUCACACUCAGUCACCAUUUUUUGAUCAUACUGUGUAUCCCUUUGUAAGAAAUGCCUUUUUAGUACCUCUCCUCCCAGACUUACAGUAUGUUUGCCUCUUAUAAAAUCUGUUUUUUGGAGGGUGUUAUGCAUGUCACAAAGUAUGUAUGUAAAUUUAUGAAAAAUUGAGAGUACAACAUGUGAACAGCGUUUUGGACACAUUGCAUCUGAUGGUCAAUUUGUUUGGCUGAAGUUACUGUAAUAUUUGAGUAAUUACUACCCACAAAAGCCUGUGCUUUUAUUCUGAUGUUGAAGGUUGAUGAACCUUACCACAGUCUUCUCCACACACACUCCACAGGAUCCUUUAAUAACUUAACAUAUAUUACACAUGUGAGGAAAAAGCAGGUAAUCAAAAGGGUUAUUUAAAAAAAAAAGUUACAUAAUAAAGCCAACACUUUUAUUUUGACGGUUCAGUGCUGGCACAAAGUGUGUAAGAGAUGACAGGUAAACUAUAAUCGAAUUAUUCGUGUGAACUGAAUGUUUAUAUUAAUGUGAGCGUGCUUCUUAGUGCAAUAUUGAUUUUUUUUUUUAAUUGAUUUUUUUAUGUCUUUUACCAUUUCACAUUUCACAAACACUAUUCUGAUAUGUGAAAGGUUGUGGGGUAGCUGUCUUUUAAUGAUAUCUGAACAUGGUGUCAUAGUAACAUACUGGACAUGUUUUUAUGCUCUUGGAUCUAGACAGCCUCAAAGAGUUUUAGCAUCAGUAGAGUAAAUAUUAGAAAUUGUUGGAAAAUAUUGCACCAAAAGUUUCAGCAAAGUUGGUGUGUGUCUUCGAGGCAUGUGACGCGUCGAACAGUGAGGAUUAAUUGCAGUUGAAUAAGGAUUAUUGCGCUAAUGAGGGUAUGGGUUUCGAGUGCAUUGGGACCUUUUGUGUUUAUUUGUGUAGCUAGAUAUAGCAUGAGAUUCACCGUAGAGAACUCACUGCCAAGGGCUGAUUGUCAUAUAUCCCACACACUGGUAACAGCACAGUGUAGGCGAAGUUUAUUGCCACAUUCCCCUGAUCUAGAGAAGCAAGCGUGAUAUGUUCACAAUUGCAUUUUAAAAGAGAAAAACAAUCAUUAACAUGUCAGAUUAACAAAAAAAAAACAAUUUCGACCAAACUGCCAUUUUGUAGGAUAGCAGCCAUACGUAGACUCAAAGACAGUUGAAUAAAUAGACAACCCAUUGCACUAAAUGUACACUGUUGUACAUGCACAAUUGUGAAUGCCUUGAGUUCUUCAAGACAGAUUCUGAUGCAGCCUUGCUAGAGAUUUAUUGAAGACUAAGGUGAGUUGUUUAGCAAGAGCACAAAGACCAAAACCUACCAAAUGACAAGAUUGUGAAUGCAAUUGUGAACAUAGGUGCUUCGAGCUUUGACGACCUACCCCUUUUACAUUUCACCCCCCCUCCGCCUCACACCGAUCCACUUCUAAAUUUGACAUCUGACCCAUUAUCUAUGAGUGUGCCAUCUCUCAUUAAUUAUUGCCAAAUAUUUUGUAUGGCCUGAGUUUACACAUUACACCAUCGAUUCUCUGUUAUAGAUAUGAAUAUAUGUAAAUAAAAGUACUUAUAAUGUAACUAAUAAGAUAGCUCUUUAAACCUUUUGACCCCUUUUUGGAAAUUUGCAGUCAGUCCUGCAAUAGAUUUUCAGCCAUCCAUCACGUGAAACGAGAACAAUUGCACUGAUUAUGGCGAUGAAGACUUUUCACGACUCAUCUGAGAACCUGUCUUUUAGGAGUGCAGGUGCUCUUGUUUUAAAACUGCAAGAAACGAUGGCUUCAGAAGCCAAAAAUGGCCAGCAAGUCAGAAAGCAAAAAUUUGUCCAGAUCCCCCCUUAAAAAGCACAUUGAUAGUAUAUAAAUGCACAUUAACUGUACAAAUAUAAAAGCUAAGCGUCAGCAGUCCUAUUCUCUCUGUAUGUUGUCCUGUAUCACCCAUGAAAUUAAGAACAACGAUGUCAAGAUAACUGUUGUAUUUGUUCAACAUGGAUUGCUGUUAAAGCAACCUGUGUCGGUGACUCGGCUCAGGCUCGGUCCAAGUCGAAAUUGUCUCUCGUAGAUACAUAUCUUAGCUUAUGUUACAGGGUUUUUUUGUAUAAUUAACUUGUUGCCUGAGCAACAGUCAAUCGUGAGUGCAAAAAGUUAACAAAGCAAUAAGUGUUUGUCUCUUAUUCUCUUCUUUGAAGCUAUUGGGAAUUGGAGCACAUUACUAUAUGCUGGCCAUGUCCACUAAAAUGCGUGAGAGUGUUGGCUUAAUAAUAACACAGGACUUUAACAGCUAACAUUCGUGUGUACUCUCUAAAACAACCCUGAGUCUUGAAGCUUUUGUCAAUAAGAUUGCAUUGCCAUUAAUUAAAUGUAACAAAGAAUUUAUCACCUUUGUCACUGUACUGUGCUGUAGAAACUGUAGUUGAUUGUUUGUAAGUAUAGAAACUGUUUGUGGAACCAUGAAUAGAAAAAAAAGUUAUAUAUAUAUAUAUA